AUGAGUGUGUUACGUAGAGAUGCAGUGCGGAAGGCAAUGAAUGCGUCGUGCUGGAACAUUAAAUCAAUACCAACACCAUGGAUGGAACCUCAUAAUUCCAUUGCGCGUACAAUUGGUUGUCGUUACUUUGCUUCAGCUCAUGAUGAGAUGCCGCUACACUUUGAUACACAUCAUGUAGUCCAGAGCUUGCAGGAAAAAGGCUUUUCCAUACAACAAUCUGAGGCUAUAUUAGACGUAAUGAAAGACGCUAUGGCUGAUUCUUUAGUGGCUCAAGCACGUAUUCUCGCUACAAAAUCCGAGCAUGUAGAAUUGAAAGCUGAGUUGUCUGAACGUGUAUUUAACUCCACUCUUAAGUUUGAUAUUGCACAACGCCAUUCGCGAGAGCUACUAGAACGUGACUUUAAUACAUUAAAGCAAGAUAUUCGUAUGCUUGAAAAGAUCGAUUUUGACAAAAUACGCAUGGAGAUUGCAGAGCUUGAGAAAAAGUUUUUACUACAAAAGCAAGCGGAAGACGAGACAUUAAACGAGCUUCGAUUGUCAAUGGAGAAAGUAGAGAAGCGUAUGCUACAAUAUGCUGUAGGUUUUGCUGGUACCAUCAUGGCCGUGGGUGCUGCACUGCUGCGUCUAGUUCUUUAA